UUACAUUGGGUGUCAGUGGAAGAAUGUCCCUUACAUUGGGGGGUCAGUGGGAAGAAUGUCCCUUACAUUGGGGCUGUCAGUGGGAAGAAUGUCCCUUACAUUGGUGGUCAGUGGGAAGAAUGUCCCUUACAUUGGGGGUCAGUGGGAAGAAUGUCCCUUACAUUGGUGGUCAGUGGGAAGAAUGUACCCCCUUCACUUACAUUGGGGGUCAGUGGGAAGAAUGUCCCUUACAUUGAGGGGGUCAGUGGGAAGAAUGUCCCCUUACAUUGGGGGUCAGUGGGGAAGAAAGAAUGUCCCUUACAUUGGUUGGUCCAGUGGGAAAAAUGUCCCUUACAUUGGUGGACAGUGGGUGAAAUGACCCUUCAUUGGGGGUCAGUGGGAAGAAUGUCCCUUACAUUGGUGGUCAGUGGGAAGAAUGUCCCUUACAUUGGGGGGGUCAGUGGGAAGAAUGUCCCUUACAUUGGGGGUCAGUGGAAGAAUGUCCCUUACAUUGGGGGUCAGUGGGAA